AUGUCUACUCCUUUAGUGUUAGACUUAGGCAGCCACUCUCUAAAGGCCGGCAUUGCUGGAGAGGCUCUGCCUCGCGUUGUAACGCGGUCUGUUAUCGGAGUUGCUGCAGUAGGAGAUAGCCUAGGGGGUGGUUCGGCAGCAGCUGCAGCAGCUGCAGCAGCUGCUGCUGCAUCUCCUGCAGCCGCAGGCGCUCCCUCCGAAGCCAGCAACGGCGUUGCAGCAGCAGCAGCAAAGCCCGUGCUGCUGCAGCAGUUUUUAAAUCCCCUAGAGAAGACAGACCAUGUUGAAGUGCUGCCAGUGUUGGAGUACAGAGCGACGCACCUAGACCAGCCAGGCACCUAUGUGCUGCAUCGACAGGGUCUAGAGCGACUGGCUGAGGAGGUGACGGGGCCGCGGUGUCUCGGCAGCUCUUCAUUAGAAAGAGGUUUGAUUAUGACGGAGCCUAACUACGGAAACCCCGCAAUUAGAGAUGCAUUUGCUGAACUUGCAUUCGAAACGCUGCAGGCAAGUGCUGCUGCUGCUGCACUUGCUGCUGCACUUGCUGCUGCUGCACUUGCUGCUGCUGCUUCUGGUGCUGCUGCUGCACUUGCUGCUGCUGCUGCACUUGCUGCUGCUGCUGCUGCUGCACUUGCUGCUGCUGCUGCUGGUGGAGAUGCUGCACUUGCUCAUGCUGUCCCCGAGUUGCUGCUGGUGAAGAAGGCCGUGUUGGCUGCCUUUGGGUGUGCGAGGACUUCAGCAAUUGUGUGCGAUGUGGGGCACAGCAACUGCAGCGUUGCUGCUGUUCAAGAAGGUUAUUUGCUGCAGCGGCUGCAGCAGGAGAUCCCGCUGGGCUGCAGGCAGCUGCUGGCUUUAACCCGCCAGCUGCUGCAGCAACACCAUAUAAGCAUUACUCCCGGGUACGCUGUCAUUCAGCAGCAGCAGCCUGGUGCUGCUGCUCACGGAGACCCAGCUGCUGCUGCGUCAGGGACGCAGCAGCAGCGGCAGCAGCAGCAGCAGCAGGCAGACCGCAUGAUUGCUGCUUGCCCCCACGUGACAAAGAGCUUCCGCGAGUUCGGGGAGCAGCACGUGCUGGAGGUGCUGCUGCAGCUGCUAGGCAAGUGCAGCACUAGCAGCAGCAGCAGCAGCAGCAACAGCUGCGAGGGAUUGAAGCAGGCGGAUGGAACAGCAGCAGCAGCAGCAGCAGCAGCAGCAGCAGAACCUUAUGUGCUGCCAGAUGGUACCCAGCUGCCUCCUGCUGUCUGCACAGCUAUUGAAACGACAGUGCCGGAGGUUUUCUUCUCUGCUGCUUUAAGACAGCAGCACCGCAGCGUGCUGCUGCCGGAAGCAGCUUCUUCUUCCUCUACAGCAGCAGCAGCAGCAGCGGGCAUUGUCACUGCUGCCCAGCACCAGCAGCAGCAGCAGCAGCAGCAGGAGGCAGCAGCAGCAACCGCAGGGCUGCUGGAGUGUAUAAGCAGAUGUGCUGAAGCCUGCAAACAAUCAGCUAAAAGAGAUGUCUUGGGGGCCCUCGUCCUCGCGGGUGGCGGGACACAAUUCCCCGGCUUUGUUCGCAGGCUUAAGGCUGAGGUUUCGCAGUUGGCAGUGGGUGGUGGUGGUUUGCGUCCUCACGGCAGCAGCAGCAGCAGCGGGAGCAGCAGCAGCAACAGCAGCAGCAGCAGCAGCAGCAGCCUGCGGCUUGUGUGCAGCCGAGGGGCUGUUGAGAGGCAUAUGGCUAGCUGGAUCGGGGGAUCGAUUGUGGGCGAGACCAGCAGCAGCAGCAACAACAGCAGCAGCAACAGAAGCACCAGCAGCGGCAGAAUCAGCAGCGGCACCCCCAGCAGAAACACCAGCAGCAGUAGCCGCAUCAGCAGCAGAAGCAUCAGCAGCACCAUCAGCAGCGCUAUCAUCAGCAGCAGCAGCAGCACCAUCAGCAUCACCGGCAUCAACAGCAGCAGCAGCACCAUCAGCAGCGCCAUCAUCAUCAUCAGCAGCAGCACCAUCAGCAGCACCGGCAUCAGCAGCACCAGCAUCAGCAGCACCAGCAUCAGCAGCAGCAGCAGCAGCAGCAGCAAUAAAGUUACCAUGAAGAUGCCGAGUGCAGGUGCGAGUGCUUCUGUAGCUACACCGGCGACUGAGAAGACAACUGGGAUCAGACAGUGCUGCUCUUUCGAGGGAGCAGCAGCAGCACAAAGUAAAGCUGCUGCUGCAGAGGAAGCAGAAGCCAGUGUAAUAACUGCAGCAGCAGCAAUAACAACGAUAGCAGCACUCAUACAGGCAGCAGCACAGCAGCAGCAUCAGCAGCAGAAACUGCAGUACCAACAGAAACAGCAGCAAUAG